ACAAAAAUUUUAAACAGUCGAUGUCUUUUACUUUGAAAAGCGUAGGGGCUAAUAAGGCUAAAUGGCCUAUACUUACCACACUCUCUCCUGGUAUAAAACUUAAAGAAGUUCUGAAUUUUAAACUUUCUGAAGAUUCCAAAGAGGGAGAGAGCUCAAUAGUUUCAGAGACCCCUUACUUUUUAUAUAAAGGGGAUUAUAUUAGCGGUUCAGGAGAAAAAUAUUUAGUUGGACUUGUAAAUUAUCAAAAGGAAACUGUGGAGAUUGAAGCUUCAAAUUUAUACAUGUUGACACAAGAAGUCAAGCAGCCCCAAGCUGUUACUCUUAUUGCUUCAGAUUCGGAAACAGAUUAUAAUUCUGAGGAUUUGACUGAAAAUCCGAAAAAAAGUGCGUAUAAGCGACUCAAUGGCCAAAAAGCUUCUCUAAUAAAGGAAUUCGGAGGAAAGCGUUCUAAACUAUCACUAACCCAUUCCCGGAAUGAUCGCAUAGAUCCCUCCAACAUAAUAUCACCUAUAAAUUUUGAAAAUCUCUUAGACGAGCGUCUCCAAAAUUGUAAUAUUGAGGACCAACUAAGCCAAGAGGCCUUCUCACAUUUGUUUCCUUCAAGAAACUUAAAGGCCUCUAAAGUAGAAGAUGUAUAUAAACUUGACGAUUUUCUGCCUAAAGAGCUAUAUUCUUCCUUAGAACCGCCUUCGAAGUUAUUUUUAAAGGCCUCUUCUGAAGAUUUAGAGAAUUGGGCUUGCAAGAGACUUUAUAGUCCCUUUAUCAUAGAGCAAGUAAACACUCUAUCUUCGUUAGAACCCGAUGAAAGGACCCAGAAAGCUCUUAUUUUGGUUUACCUCAACCACUUGAUAAAUUUUAGCAGGGGGACAGGUAAAGCUGCUUUGCCCGGUCCUCUAUUAUUCCAUUUUCAGGACCGAUUUGCCCAGUCUUCUUUUGAUGAUAGAGGUAACAUAGAGUACCACUUUGGAAGUUCUGAUAAAGAUAAGAUCCACGCCCAUCUCAUUGUUCUCGGGCUAAUAGCGAACAAGUACUGCCUAAAUUAUGAAUCCCUACUCAAGUCUUUGUCUCUUAAAACAGUGAAACUAUUUGAAAUUGCGAAAGUUUUGAGGUUACGCAAGAAUGAGAAGAAAUCUCUACUCACACUUUCUCUACCUAUAACUUUGCCUCUUAAUAAAAAAAAGCGAAUGCGUUUCGCCGUCUUACAGGGCAUAUGCCUCCUAACGGCUAUUAAUGUGCUGAAAGAACUGCUUGUCGGAUCAGUUGCUUGCCCUACUUGA